AUGUGGCACAAAAGACAGAUGAAAGUAUGCAACCAGUUCAGUCGUGGAGUGAUCGCCAUGAUGAGUGCAGUGUCUCCGGACUCCUUUGAUACCUUACAUUCGUACACCAACACCUUCCAAAUGCCAUUUGUCACUCCGUGGUUUCCUGAAAAGGUGAUCCCUCCGUCAUCUGGAUUAGUUGAUUAUGCUGUCAGCGUGAGACCCGACUACCACCGUGCGGUCAUUGACACCAUCACCUAUUACGGCUGGAAGAACGUUAUCUACAUCUACGAUUCUCAUGAUGGUCUCCUUCGUCUGCAGCAGCUGUACCAGAGUCUUCAACCCGGCAACGCGACAUUCAGAAUUUCGAACGUGAAACGUGUAACCAACGCAACGGAGGUGGUGGCCUUCCUUAUCGCAAUUGAACGUCUCGACCGUUGGAGUAACAAAUACGUUGUUCUCGAUUCAACAACUAAACUCGCGAAAGAUGCUCUAAUUUUGCACGUACGUGACGUGCAACUUGGACGAAGAAACUACCAUUACUUCCUCAGUGGACUAGUUAUGGACGAUCGUUGGGAGAAGGAGGUCACGGAAUUUGGAGCUAUUAACAUAACUGGAUUUAGAGUCCUGGACUUCUCUAGAAAAGUUGUGAGCGACUUUAUAGGCCUGUGGAACAAGGGCACAAUUUCAUCUCAAGCGGCUCUCACGGCGGAUGCUGUGCAUGUUCUAGUCGACUCCAUUUUACGUCUUCUACGGAAGAAACCGGACGUAUUCAGAAAUUUCAUGAGACGCAAUGCCAUGGCCAAUAAUACCAACAAGACACUCGACUGUAACCCCAAGCAAGGCAAGAUAAUACCCUACGAGCACGGCGACAAGAUAUCCCGGCUGAUUAAAAAGACGGAGAUAGAUGGUUUGACUGGCACCAUACGGUUCAAUGAAGCAGGUCACAGGAAAAACUUCUCGCUACAAGUUAUGGAGCUUACCGUCGAUGGAGAUAUGGUUAAGAUUGCAACAUGGUACGAUCACAUGGGCUUAAUCCCAGUAAAAGCCAAACUGUCGCCGAUAGAUGUUCCUGGCUUGUAUAACCGCAACAAAACGUACAUAGUGUCCACCAUCGAGGAAUCCCCUUACAUUAUGCGGCAGGGCCCUAACCCCGAAGGAACUAACGACCCUUACAAAGGGUUCUGUGUCGACCUCGCCGAAAUGCUGUCACAGAAGCUGGAAAUCAAAUAUCAAAUACGCUUGGUUAAAGACGGUAAAUACGGAAAUGAGAAUCCCAAAAUAGUCGGUGGCUGGGACGGCAUGAUUGGAGAAAUUCUGAGAAAGGAAGUAGAUAUGGUCAUAGCUCCGCUGACUGUGACUGUAGAGAGAGAGACGGUGGUAGACUUCAGCAAACCAUUCCUGUCCUUUGACGUUAAACCGGAUGGUAAAGACAAAGGCUCUAUUUUCAGCUUCCUAUUUCCACUAUCGAAAGAAAUAUGGCUAUGCAUCCUGUGCAGUAUAUUCGCAGUUAGCGUGGUUUUAUUCAUCGUGUCGAGAUUUUCGCCUUACGAAUGGCGUGUUGUCUCUUUCACUGAUACCCAGUCGUCUGAACACUCAGAAGUCGCGACUACGAAGACUACGGUUGUCAAUGAGUUCAACUUCUGGAAUGCCCUGUGGUUUUCACUGGGCUCAUUCAUGCAACAGGGUAGUGAGAUUACUCCAAGAUCUGUGUCUGGAAGGAUCGUUGGAUCAGUGUGGUGGUUCUUUACGUUGGUAGUGAUAUCCUCGUACACCGCAAACAUGGCGUCGUAUUUAACACUCGCACGCAUCUCCGAACCUAUUCCAUCUUAUGAGAAAAUAGCCAUGUGCCCUGAGGACACUUCAGAUACACAAAGGAGUGUUGCAAUCCAUCAAGAUAUCGCAGCAGAUGAGCAUGGCUGGCUGGCUUUCCUUAUCGACAAAUCUGGUAAACCGGACUACAAACCUUGCGAGAUGAUAGUGACUAUCACAAACACUGGUGUUAAGGACUUCGCCAUUGCACUGCCCAAGGGAUCCAAGCUUCGGGAUGGCAUCAAUUUGGCUCUGCAGUCGUUAAAGAAUGAUGGAGAAAUACAAAAGCUCGUUCGUAAAUGGUUCACGAAGAGUGAAUGUGACCUUAACGAACCGUACAUCCGUGGAACUGAGUUGUCGUUGAACCAAGUGGCCGGACUGUUCUAUGUGCUUAUGGUGGGUUUGGCAGUCGCUCUAUGUGUGGCGCUUCUAGAAUUCUGCCAUCACGGCAGAACUGAGGCAGCACGUUCCAAUAUACCACUUGGGACAGCCCUGAAAUCCAAAGCUCGCAUGAAUCAGCGGCCUGAAAGCAAAACUCCACCGCAACGUACCCCGCAGCGCGAACACGACCGUCUCGGAUGGAAUGGGGGCGCCUUCACUGGUUACUACUCGCCUGCCAACCAGAUCGGUCAAGAGGAGACGGCGUUGCACGCUAGCUUUACGCAGGUUUGAUCCUCAGCCAGGGACGCUGGUGUCGUACGCCGACCGUCCCACUCUAAGCAGCUUUCGAGCUCAGUCGACCUCUACCAGCUGUAAAGAAGAUCGACUAGAUGACAGCAUACUAUCUAUCGGUACUACUGCACUAUGAAAAUAUAAUUUCUCUUUGAAACCAUUGGAAAUGUAUUCCUAAAUUGUCAGUUUUUAAAUAUUACGUACUGCUUUCGAAUUGUAUGGUAAUUUUUAUGAGUAUAUAUGAUUUCGUUUUCUCUUUCUUUACAGUGAAAUGUUUGGUUAUAUACCAAAUUGUUCGAUUACGUUCAGAAUGUUAGAAAAAAUUGACGUCAUUUAUUAAAAUACACGGUACCGAUGGAUAGUCUAUUCAAAGUGACCGACUAAUGCUAUGAUUUAUGACUGUGUAACUUUGAGGAACUGCCUUUAAAAAUCCUCUAAUCAAAAAUGUAUGAAGUCUUAAAUAUCUUUUACGUAUAUCCCCGGGAUAAGGACUUCCAUUCUUGGUUACAGGAUCUUUUUGAUCCUGUACUAUGUUAAUAUUUUUAUCACUAUAAUGACGAACUCUUCAGUAAUCAACUUAUUUACAAGCUUAUUUCUUACUUUUGUUGAGGUUUCGUCGGAUAAAUAUUGCAUUUAAUCUUUAUAUUACAUACUUGAAUAGAAAUAAUCGAGCUGUGAAUACUUUUUUUUUUAGCAAUGGAUGUCAAAUGAGAUUUGAUAGUCAUGCAAAAUUGAACAGAAAAUAAAAGAAUUUAAGACUUAUAUUCGAUCGUUAUUGAUUAGGAUUGAUAUUGAGAUGAGAUUGUGUCAAUACUGAAGGUGCUUAUAAAGAUAAUGUUCUAGGAAUGUCUGCUAGCAAAGCUGCUUGUAUUCGUAAUCACUAUCUUCAUUUUCUACACUUGUUUUAUGUGUGUAAUGCAAAAUGUUUUUCAGUCUACACCAACAAGUUAUCCGAAGAAACCUGAAACAAAAUAUAGAUAAAUUAGAAAACUAAAAUUGAAAAUGAUUCUAAUGAAAUUUUAA